GAAAACAAUGGAAUGCUUCCGAAUUGUACUGGACCGAGACACCUGCAAAUAUAGACCCGAAGAAUGUGUUACAGGAAAUGUGGUAAUUAUAAAUCGAAAGGAGCUCAAAGCUCGAACAUUACGAGUUUAUAUUAAAGGAUAUCAAAAAACUUCGUGGAAAGAGAUUCAGCAAAAGCCAAGCUUAGUUGUUCGUAGUAAUGGAGUUAAUGUCAAAUCCACGAUUAAAUUAAAAUCACAUGGAGAAAAUAUUCAAUACAUACAUCUAUACAUGACAUUAUGGAAUUUCACUUCUGACACGGAUUGCAUAAAACCCGGAACACACAAAUUCCCAUUUUCUUUCAAAUUACCAGCAGAUUGUCCGCCAAGUAUGUGUUUUUCAAAAAUAAAUUUAAAAUAUUUUUAAUGACCAAAAAUAUAGUUUAAAUUUGGCUGCGGUGUUUCUAGCGUAACCCAACUGUCAUCAAACUCGACAGACCAUGGAGUCUAAUGGAGAUUACCAAAAAAUUGAUUUUCGUUGUACCGAAUGCAACUUAUAUACCAAAAGACUUGCAACAAAUCAAUGGAGCUGUUUCGAAGAAUAUCGGUGUAUUUUUCAAGAGUGGGAUAGUAAGUGUAAAGACUAGCUUCCCACAGCGGGUUUUAAUCACGGGAGAAGUUAUUCCACUAACUUUGCUGAUCGACAAUAAAUCAACAUGCACAGUUCGAGAAGUCGGAGUCCGGAUUUUCAGAAUUGCAAGAUUUUAUGCUAAAGACCAGGAGAAAAUGACUCGGCAGAGGAAAAUAAUGAUACGAAAGAGCAUCAACGUGGAACCAAACACCGAACAACAAGAACUCAUCGAAUUUAAAGUUCACGAAACCGUACAAACUUUUGAAAGUGAUCUUAUCGAAGUGAAGUAUUUAAUGCAUGUUGAUGUAUUUACUACAUCUGCAUUCAGAGGCACUUUAAAUUCAGUUUUCUCAGUAAUUAUUGGAGCUUCGCCCACAAUGACAGAAGAAAUUAGCGAUUGUUUACACUUUUAGAAGAUUUUGUCCCGUUACAUAUUUUCAUUAUCCUACCUCAAAGUUCCAAUAACUGAAAUGUAUUCUAAUAAAU